CUCUUCCCUCCCAUUUUCUUACAUUUCUCGCUUCUUUAAUAUCUACUCUAUUCCCCCCUCCCUAAUCUUCCUCCUUCUCUUCUCUCCUCGUCUCCUCUCUCCUUUCUUCACUUCCCCCCUAUCUAUACAUAUCCCCACCCCCACUCUUCACAAUGGGUAGCGUCGCCAACGGAUCUACUUUCCUCUUCACCUCCGAGUCCGUCGGAGAGGGUCACCCCGAUAAGAUUGCUGACCAGGUCUCCGAUGCCAUCCUCGAUGCCUGCCUUGCUGAGGACCCUCUCUCUAAGGUCGCUUGUGAGACCGCUACUAAGACUGGUAUGGUGAUGGUCUUCGGUGAAAUCACCACCCAGGCCAAGCUUGACUACCAGAAGGUCAUCCGUGGUGCCAUCCAGGACAUCGGCUACGAUGCCUCCGAGAAGGGUUUCGACUACAAGACCUGCAACGUCUUGGUUGCCAUUGAGCAGCAGUCGCCCGAUAUCGCCCAGGGUCUGCACUACGAGGAGGCCCUUGAGAAGCUCGGUGCUGGUGACCAGGGUAUCAUGUUCGGUUAUGCCACCGAUGAGACCCCUGAGCUCCUCCCCCUCACCGUCGUCCUCUCUCACAAGCUCAACAAGGCCAUGACUGAUGCCCGCAAGAACGGCACCAUCCCUUGGCUCCGCCCCGACACCAAGACCCAGGUCACCAUCGAGUACGCCCACGACAACGGUGCUGUCAAGCCCCUCCGUGUGGACACCAUUGUCAUCUCCGCCCAGCACAGCGACGAGGUCUCCACUGAGGAGCUCCGCAAGGUCCUGAAGGAGCAGAUCAUCAAGUCGGUCAUCCCUGCCAACCUCCUGGACGACCGCACCGUCUACCACCUCCAGCCCUCCGGCCGCUUCGUCAUCGGUGGUCCCCAGGGUGACGCCGGUCUCACCGGCCGUAAGAUCAUCGUCGACACCUACGGUGGUUGGGGUGCUCACGGUGGUGGUGCCUUCUCCGGUAAGGACUACUCCAAGGUCGACCGCUCGGCUGCCUACGUUGCUCGUUGGAUCGCCAAGUCCCUCAUCAACGCUGGCCUUGCCCGCCGUGCCCUCGUCCAGCUCUCCUACGCCAUUGGUGUUGCUGAGCCCCUGUCCAUCUUCGUCGAGACCUACGGCACCUCCUCCAAGACCUCCGAUGAGCUCGUCCAGAUCAUCCGUGACAACUUUGACCUCCGUCCCGGUGUCAUUGUCAAGGAGCUGGAUCUGGCCAAGCCCAUCUACUUCAAGACCGCCAAGAACGGUCACUUCACCAACCAGGAAUUCUCCUGGGAGAAGCCCAAGGCCCUCAAGUUCUAAGCGAGUCGCUCGCAAUGACUGUGGACCUGCUUCUCUUCUGAGUCUGUUUCCUUUACGAAUGUGAUGAUUUUGCUUUGUUUUCAACAACUCAAAGCACGAGCAUAGACAUGUCAAAAAAGCAACUUUUAUGUUUGGAUGUUUGUUCAACUUUUUGCAUGGUCUCUCGGCAAGAGACGGGUUCGGCGAGGAUAAAUUCAACAUGAUACCACUUUUUCAUAUACCUUGGGAGGGUUGUUUCGGCGUUUUCGGGAGCGAAAGUCUUCAACACUGCCUCCUCCGGGCUUAGGACCGAUAGGAACUUCGAGUCUUAUCUGCGGGGGAUGCGUGCCAUCCGGCGUGAUGGUGCGUGUCCCUGACGCACUGGGGUUCGAAUGAUGCUCCGACAGGAGUGAUAUAGAUGGCUUGAGAGUGAUAUCUCGCCAUUUGCUAAUCUAAACAUUAGCACAUAGAUUAAUGAAUGCAUAUGCAUGGAG